CAAUACGUGACAAAGAAACGUGAUAUGAUCAAGGAAAAUGUACUAGACUCUUAGUAUUUUAUUUAUAUAAGAAUAAUACAAUAAAAUAAAAUAGAUUGUAAAGUUCUGAAAAGGUUAAAUUCCAGCACAUCGAGCAGCGUUAUUUUCCAGAAAGAGGCAAAGACGCCUGUUCUCGGAUCGGAAGCUUUACGAUCCUAGGAGCAUCUGUCCGUUGGCCACCUGUCGGCAGGUGCGAAACGUACGAGCGGAGCCCGUUACCUUCGAAGUCGGUAUCAAUUGGCCCUUUUGUUUUCACUGGUUCUUUCCACGGGACCCCGGUUCCCGUUUUACUACGGCGUAGUACGUACGCGCGACACGCGAUAGUCGGCUCUCCGGAUGUUAUCGACUCGAGCCAGACCAUGGUGGUCCCCUCCACCCUUUCGAGUAAAACCCUUUAAGCCCGCGCCACGUAAACAGGAAGUGCCGUCCCCGCCAUCUUUGCAUCCUCCGACGCAGGUUACAAAUAAUGCUUAGAAAACACCUGCGUCUGGCACGUAUCAUUAUCCUCGAUUCUUUUUAAACGUGUAGUCUGCUUUCACUUCGUCUCCCGUUUCUUGGAUUUUAAAGGAGCUCUUUUUCUAUAUUUUUUUUUCUUUUUUGUCAUCCUGCUCGAUCGAAACGCUUCCAUCUUAGUCACGAGCCCUUUUACGCCCAGGAUCGCUUGACCGAUGGGGAUGUUUGAGAAUUUUGCUUAUCAUUCCUUACUUAGUACACUCAUAUUUUUGAAAUAUUACAACUUCGAUAGAAAGGUACAAUUUAUUUUUCUCCUAUAUAAAUUACUUUAAAUGGCGAGAUUAAUGUUACGGCGUCCAGAUGGGAUAACAUUUUUCUCUCCUGCGUUUUCCAGUUACCAAUUCGCAGUCGCUCGUAAACCGCUCUCCCACCGUUGAUCAUUUCUUCCGCGAUAAUUAGAUGUCAGGGGGAGACUAAACAGCGUGCGAAACGAGACGAGGAGCGUGGAUCGAGAACAAUGCGAAAUUAUUAAUAACCUACGGCAGAAAAAGAGCGUCGUGAUGGAUCGUUUACUAAGACAAUAUUUUGUUCUUCUUGCAGGCCGCGAUACUUCAGCAGACGGCGGAGUACAUAUACCAGCUGGAGCAGGAGAAGACCCAGCUGUUGUCACAGAACUGUCAGUUGAAGAGAUUGGUGAACCAGCACGAGGGUGGCGAUGUUCCCAUCAAGAAACGCAAGCCAGACAACCAAGCAGGUGUUGUCGUUAGUCUACCAAUGCACGUCAGCGAGAGCGGUGACGAGGGAUUGGGGAGCAUGUCCCCGGAACCCUUGUCGGUGAUAACAGUGACCACAGAGGGACACUCCGUGGUCAACAGCGAGGUGGUGGAGCUCAGACGGCAGUUGGAAAGGGAGCGUCACACGAGGCUACAUCUGGAAAAGCAGAUGAGAGCUAUACAAAGUCAACUGUACCCGGAAAGAUUCAGGGACAAUCAGCUGAUCACUUAUCAGCCGCACGAGGUGAUCGAGCACACGGACAACGUGAUCGCUCAGGAGACGGAGGAAGCGGUCGCAGCGCUUCAGGUAGUGUCUGUGGUGUCCCUGCCACCGGUGGGUUCGACGCAAACAGUGGAAACGUCUAGUCCUGAACCAAGUUCGCCGCCCCUGUCGCCGCAGCCCACCGACAUGGUGGCAGUGGACAUCAAGGAGGAAGAAAUGUGCCCAGGAAGCCCGAAGAUCGUCGCGUUCAGCCAGAAUCCAACGUUUGCCACCAUCGAAGAGCCCACCACUGCUGACUCUUUCUCCUCCUCGAGUCGCGUCACGUACGCCUCGAGUACAGGAGACUUCAAGAACUCGUCGCCACAGUACAUCACAGCCAGCCCUAGCAGGCCGUUCUCGCCUGUAGCAGAGCCCCAGCGGUUGCCCAGUGUUCUGGAGGCGGCGAUAAAGGCGGAACCUAAGGUCGAAGUCGAGAGGUUGCCAUCUCCAUCGAACACUCUAGACGACGGUACGCCUCAGGGUAGGUUGUACCUGGCGAAUACCUCGCGGCAGAACUUGGAGACCAUCGUCGAGGCGAUACGUCACCUCGAAGGGGACCAUCUGUUCAGCGACGAGCCAGCGCAGGACGUGCCCUUGGCGUUGACUAACAAACAAACGGGGAACCCAGCGGUGAAGUCCUCGACGUCGACGACCAGCCCUACAACGGCGAAGCAGCGGUUACUGCAGGCCGAGUUGUUCCAGUUCCACAGACAACAGCAGACCCAGCAGCGACCAGGCGUGAUCGUGGUGAAGCACUCGUGAUCGAAAGGCGCGCCGCGAUCAAUAAACUGAACGCGCUAAACUGCUGGCCUCUUGGGAACGAACUGGCGUCCGAGCCGCGAUCGUCUCGGAACACGACGUAUCAUCUGAGUGUUCGUUGUUUUAAAGAGUUGAGACGAUCCUUGGACAGUUCGACCCUUGGACGCUCGAGCCGCGGAAGCUCCGUUCCCCUCGAUAAUCGACGCUCGAGAAGGCCUCCUUGAGUUUGCCGUUGAUCACCGACCUAACGGACGUCCGACGAGUCUGGGUCCGGUGUUUUCGUAUGUUCCUACUGCCCGUCGUCUGCCUUCGUUUCGACCAUCAUCGAUCCCCACUAGCGUUGGGCAGCCAUCGCGAUUCAUUCGCGACUCCUUUUGUAAUUAGCCAGGUUGACGGGUCGAUCGGUAAUCGUGGGCCACGGUGAUUCGUUUUCGUAAUGUAGGUCUUCGUUGAUCGUUGAUUGAUAUUCGAUUCGAAGACGAAGAACGUGGUCCUAAGUUGGUUAAGUAUGUCUUGGAUUUCUCUUGUAAUUAUUGUUCACGAUUGGUAAGCUGUGGGAGACUCUUUACAGAAGAUAUAUGCACUGUGAAUCCUUCUAGCAUCGAUUAGAAAUCAAAGAAAUAAUUGUUUUUAUUAAACGUCUUGCUUCGAAACAUCAGAGUUAACCAGGAUUACCGAUCACUCGGUGGAUCGCCACGUUUUGCCCAGCCCUGGUACCCAAGAGCCGCGCGAGGAAACCCGUCAUUGUUUGCGUUCGAUGGACGGUAGAUGCGGUCGGGUGGAUCUUGAUCCAGCUACGAUUGGAUCACGACUGUGGAUCGAGCGAGAUCUCGAAACGAAGGUGGAGCCAUGUCGAAGCUCGACGAAAGGAUCCUCGCCCCACCGAGUCGUCGAAACGUCUCCCAGCACCCUCCCCCUUUUACUUCUUCUUGUAAAUACCACCGAUAUACAUAUUAUCCCUUCGAGGUGUCGACGAAUUCUCUGAAUCUCGAACGAUUCUCCAAUCCUGCUGCGCAUCCCGGUUCGAAUCAUCUCGGUCUCCCUCUUGUUCACCCAUCCCCCGUUUCAUAUAUAUCCCCCCUUUCUCACCCUUCCUCCAUUACUCCUCUUCGCGAAUCGAGACAGCGAAGCGGGCGUUUUUCCCCUCGUCGCGUACACGAGGCAGGAUUUUCAUUUUUCUAGACUUAAGCGACUUGCUACCACAAUAAUAAUAUUAAUAUUAAAUAAUAAUAAUAUUCCUAGAUGAUUAAGGCUGCGUACGAUGUAUUGUACCGAUGUAUACAUGCAUACACACGGUAUAUACGUAUAUACACGCAUAUCGAUCCUCCAGUGUAUAUACAUGUAUGUGUAUAUAUAUGUGUAUUCGUGUAUAUGUAGAUAUAUAUAAUGGACAUAUUAUAUAUAUAUAUAUAUUAUAUAUAUAUUAUACAUAAAAUCUUAUUUACGUUCUUUUUUUACAUUGUUACGAGAAUUAAAUGAAAAAACAAAAAGAUUGAAAAGUAUACACUUGACGACGCUAGGCGAUGAUUCACUAUUCACGCGACGCGCAUGACUUUUUUUUCUCGACAUUCAACACACCGGGGGUUACCAUUUCGAACGUUGCUACAAUGAGAGAAUGGAACGAUUCAAACGAACAAGAAUACAGUUAAUGAUACAUACAUACAUAAUUACAUACACAACGCGACUAAAACCGAGACACACAUGUGUUAUACAUUGCUUAAUAUUUGACACACAUUAAUAUGCACCGAUGGCCGAUGGACGUCUGAUCGGAGUUUCGCAUAACGGAGUGACCUUUUCGAGGACGAAUUUUAUUUCUCGUAUCGCUCGAGAGACCACGGACUGAAAUUCCGUUUAAUCUGUGCCAAAUAUCGAGUAUCCAGACUUUUGUUCCUUCGUAGACGCCUAAUACCAGCUACAAUGGCGGAUCGAAGCUGAGGGUCGUUCCCUCCCCUGUAGGAUAUAACCUCAAAGAUGGGUAAACUAGAUGAAAAUUAGAACGAGUGGAAAACGAACCACCUUUUGAUCGGUAAUCGAUGAACCAUGACACAGUCAUUUAUUUAAAACGUACACUCCAUACAUUUUCUGAGAAACCUUUUCCAGCAAGACUUUUCUAGUCUUUUCCAGCCCAGAAUUCCCUACUCGCGUGCAGCUACGGAUGUUUCAGAAUUUUUUCGUGUUCUUCGAGGGAAGGAACGAUCGAUCCUCGGAUCGACCCAUGUCGCGGGUGGGACAGAACACGUUUCCGAUUCCGUUUCCACGCAUACGCGCGAUGGAUAUACAACUCUGUUUUAUGUUAACACGAGCUCGCAUUCACCACCACCACCACCACCAUCAUUAUCAUCAUAUUUUUCAAUUUAUCCUUUUCGUCCGAUUCGAAUUCCGACGAUGUCGAUUUUUAAAGGACUGAUAAUCACCGAUAAUCCGAUAGACCAAUUCUUACAAGCGUUAUAAUAUCGCACGCGACAGAAUUCUUUCCAAGGAGAACUGACGUCGAACGAAAGCGCGACAACCGACGUCGUGCUUUUGGAAACGACCCACUAGCAUAUGCCUACGCGAUGGAUUUAUCUUUAGGUACUCGUUUUUAAGUAUGUACGUAAGAGAGUUGAGCGAGACGCCAGGCAUAAACGACCGAUAAAACAAGGUGUAUGGUUAAGCAAAAAAAAAAAAAAGCAACCUUUAGUUAACGUUUAGCGGUUAGAUUACGUAGGAAUUGUUAGCCGAGAUACACGAUGAAAUACAACAAAACCAAGUUAUUAAUAUUGUCUAUCGGUAUGAUAAAUGUGAACGCUAAUCCGUAACUUGUACUGUGUGUAUAUACUAUUUAGCGAUGUUGCAUACGUUAUACACGUGAUUACCUAAACAGAGCGUACGACGUUGAAGGGAUUAUGCUUGCGAAUGUUUAAACAAAGCAAACAAAAGAAAAAAAAAAAAGUAAUGAGAAACGAGAAACCGAUCGCUUUCUCGCGCCUGGCUCGAACCCUUUUCUAUCGCGCGUUCAUCGUUUUUCUACGACUUUCGACUAUUUCGACCCGUUUUUUCAACCCCCUAGCAACGUUUCGCGACGCUGACGAAUCCUUGGGGGCGAUCAUUUGUAUUCUGUGUCGCGAUAGGCGCGAGAAGGCGAACGCUACGAACCUAAGAUCCGCGAUGAAAGUGUAAUUAACGUCUUAGAUGUUUUUGGAGGAAUCCCUCGCUGGUGCAGAGACGGGCUAAACUCUCAUUCGAAGGAACCGUUUCUAAUAACGUAGCUGGAAUUGUGUAAAAAUCGAGUAAAACUUAGAGUUUGUAUCAUAGGACGAAAUUAUAUUUCACGUUGAACGAAUAAAAGCUUGUGUCUUCAUGACUCGUUCGAUGGAAUAAUUAUUUGGUGGAUUAAAAUUACAAUCUGGACUGUAUAAUGAAAUUAUAGCUCAACGUUGAUCCAUAUUCAAUUCAAAAAUAUUCAUAUUGUUCGAAUAAUGCUGUUCGAUUGAACGAAAUUUGCGAAUGAAUCACAGAGGCUUUUAUUCGUCAUUAAUUAUUCGAAUCUUUCGCCCAUCUCUGCCCGAGGGUGGCACGUACAACGGCAUCUCGACGUGGAUGUUAGCGCGAGGACGCACGAGGGCCUAAGAAGUCAAAACACGAGUUUCUUCGGGCGUUCCCGUCUUCUUUUACGUUUUCCCCUUUUUCUUACUUUUCCAAACGAAUCUCGCUGCCUUUCUUUCGCGAACGAUCAACAUCCCCUUCUAGGGUUGCCAACUGGAUCGCGUAUAAAACAAGCUCGUAAUAAAUUUCCAAUUUUACUAGGUAAGCAUAAUCUUUAGCGAAUAAAUGAAUAACGGAUAAAUGAUUUACCUUGGACUAGCUACCAAUAUUAUUUAUUUAUUCGUUAGAAAUUAGCCUUGCCUUUUAUUUUCCGCUUCGAUUAUUCCUAAAAAAAUAAAACACCCCAAAUUUUUGCUAUAAUGA